UUUUCCCUUUAAGCCUGGUUGAAAGUGAGAUAUUUUUCAAUCAUAUCAGUUUGUGAUUACUCUCAGAAACAAUGUUCAUUUUCUUGCAGCAUUGAAAAGAAGUAGGCUGGAGUAUAAAUGCAUAAUUCUAAUAGCGAUAAAUAAUGCAUUGAUGGUGGGUUUAUACUCAAUUUACUGGAUUGUAUUAUUAUUUUUGAUAAAUUUGAAUUUCCUGGUCCUCCACUAAAGCUUUUAUUCUGAGAUCUCCCACCGGAAUUCCUGUGUUUGACGACUCUCUCUGGCUUGGAAGCUGGUUGUUUGCCCACAUACUCUCAACAGGAGCGAUACGGGAGCAGCAACUGGUUCGUCCGUCUUACCGGUGCUGCUGCUGCUGCUACAGCACCUUCUACAAUCAGGGGAAAACAGACUGGCCGACGCAUUUGACGACCAAUUUCGGUGGAAUAACGCUGCACCAAGCUGCUUUCAUACAUAUCUGCAGGACACAGCUUCUUCGCCAAUGGCAAGUCCGGUUGCAGACAUAGGACAGUCUCAUCAGCAUCACCCCGUGAACGAGUCGGCCGCACAGUCCGCGUUUCUGGAGGCGCAGAAAUGGAUAGAGGCUGUGACAGGAAGAUGUUUUGGUGAGAAGGAUUUCCGAGGAGGUUUGGAGAAUGGAAUACUACUGUGCGAGUUGCUGAGCUCAAUUAGACCUGGACUGGUGAAGAAAAUCAACAGACUUCCAACACCGAUUGCUGGCCUAGACAACCUCAGUGUGUUUUUGCGUGGCUGUGAGGAGUUAGGACUGAAGGGCUCCCAGCUCUUUGACCCUGGAGACCUGCAGGACACAUCAACACGCCCCACGGCCAAGGGAAGUGACGGCAGUCGAAAGCUCAAGAAUGUUUUAAUUACUAUCUACUGGUUGGGUCGUGCUGCCAAUAGCUGUACAUCCUACAACGGGCCCACGUUGGACCUGAAAGAGUUUGAGGGCCUGCUGUCACAGAUGCGAAAGGAGACAGAAGAGGCAGAGAGCCCUAAACGCAGCAUCCGGGACAGUGGCUACAUUGACUGCUGGGACUCUGAGCGCAGCGACUCUCUCUCCCCGCCACGCCACGGGCGCGAGGAUUCAUUCGACAGCCUGGACUCCUUCGGAUCACGCUCAAGACAAACCCCGUCACCAGACGUCCUGGUCGCCCGCGGCAGCAGUGAUGGCCGUGGCAGCGACUCGGAGUCUGACGGCGCUCCUCACCGGAAGAUGCCAGACGUUCGUAAGGAUGACAUGCUGGCACGACGGACGUCUGUCAGCGAGCUACGAACCGCCGUACCCUUUAACCAGUACCUGCCCAACAAGAGCAACCAGAGUGGAUAUCUGCCAACGCCACUACGCAAAAAGAGCAACGACAAAGAGGAGGGAGGACACAAGAGCUGGAGUACCGCCACUUCACCUGUAGGGGGUGACAGACCUCUUAGUACUCCAGCUCGCUCGUGCUCAGAAGAAUUCUUCCACCAUUCGUCGACUCUAGCAGCAAAUGCCACGGCCGCCUCCGUGUUUCAAACGAGCCCCAUCAACACAGCUGGGAAGCAUUCACCUGUGACACACCAGGAGGAUGUCGCAAUGAGGAAAGGAGUUGCUGGUUCUCUGGUAGCUGCAGAUGCAAAAGGAGAUGAUAAACAGGCUUGUCAAAUGCCGACCUCACCCAAAUGUAUCGACACCCUGAGUACGUCUAGCUUCCUUCCUGUGCCCACUGCCAUGGCAACCGCAUCAACAGAAACGACUGAUACGUGCCGGCAGAAGGGAAAGCCACAGACUGAAAGGGAUGAUCCACAUGAAGGCACGUCUUGGGUGGACAGCAGUCUUCCAGCAAAGAGUGUGAGUAUGAUCGACAUGCGUGGUGAGGAAGAAGCCACGUUACAGCCGCACAGUCAGGUGCGUCAUGAGCGGAUGCAUAACCAGUACAACAAAAUGAAGGAAGAGGAGGAUCACUGGCAGGAUGACCUGGCCCGAUGGAAAAGUCGGAGGAGGAGUAUUUCCCAGGAUCUGAUCAAAAAGGAGGAGGAAAGGAAGAUGAUGGAGCGCCUGAUGUCAGGAGACACCUAUACCUCUCAGAGGAGAAGAAGCAUCAAGACCUAUAGGGAGAUAGUAGAGGACAAGGAGCGUCGUGAGGAGGAUCUACGGCAGGCAUACAAGAAAGCCAAAAAUCCUGAGGAGGCGACUGCCAUUCUCCAACGUUACGCCCAGCGUUUCUCCAUAAGCGAAACAGUCCUCGAACGCCUGCAGCUGCCAAAGUUGUUGGACCGCAGCAUAUCCGCUGACCCCUCCUUCCCCACCUCACCUUUCCCGCUCUCCCUCUCCCUGUCAGCCUCUCCCACGACACCAGACCCUUUCGAUUCUGACUUCAAUGGGCCCAUGAGGUAUCUGCGCCAGCAGUCUGCCCCGACUCCAAAGUUUACUUCUACAUUUGAGGCGCGAAUCGAGGAGUUUCCCAAAGAACCGUCCUCACACCAGCGGUCUCAGAUACGCUCUCGCUCCUCUGAACCGCCAUCAACCCGAGCCCUGUCACCCAAACCGGUGCCUUUGCUGAUGCCCAAGCCUUAUUUCCAGGCCCGACCUGCAGGAGGUGAAACUUGGAACAACAAGGUGGAUGGUUUGCUGCGAGUAAAUGGUGACGUUGGAAGCGACGAUGUUCCCACUACACCUGAGAGUCAAGGGAGGGACUCGCCUCCUCAUUUUCAGGCAUCCCCUUCCCAAAGCAAAAACAGCACUGUAGAUGGUGCUGUAGAUGCUCCCUUGUCAGAAACCUCACUUCCUCACAGUACCCACACCUCUUCUAGGGAAGGAAGUCCAGUGCCAACAAAGGCAAAGGAGACACGAGAUGUUACAGAGAUAGCUUCUGAGGACACUCAGGAGGUCCAGGUGGAGAAAGUCACUGAGUCAACACCACCCAGCCGGCCCACCUCACUCCCAUCAGAGCUGCAGAAGCCACAGGAAAGCUUUGGAAAGACUGGAGACCAGACAGCAGCUGCUUCAGAGGAAGAAAAGCCAAAUGCUGUAGCUCAUCAAAACCCACCUGCAGGUAAAGCCAAACAAGAACAACAAAUGCCGAAACCAUCUAGUGAAGACCUCUCUAAUCUUGUCCAGUCUGGGGUUGAUAUACAGUCAUAUCAGCCAGCCAAUGAUCCCUGCUCCCAGGAGCUCUUACAGAGGUCAGAGAUGUCAUCAAGCUCAGCUCCACCAGGAUCAUCUGGUUAUUACCAGCAAUGGGAAACAAAAGCAGAGCUUGCAAACAGUGUCAGGUCUUCGUUGGCAACCAGCAGCCCUAAAUUACGCUGGGAGUUCUUCGCUCCGCAAGAAGAGGCGGAAAAGGAUCACCGUGGAAAUGUGUCAGUUCCGGUGUUACCCCAGGCCAAGCGGGGAGACCGCUGGUCUUGGGACCCGGAUGAGGAGCGAAAGCGUCAGGAAAGGUGGCAGCAAGAGCAGGAGCGCAUGCUGCAGGAGAAGUACCAGCGUGAGCAGGAGAAACUGAAGGAGGAGUGGGAGAAAGCACAGAAGGAGGUGGCAGAGGAGGAGAGGAAGUACCACGAGGAGGAGCGUCGGAUACUGGAGGAAACGGUGACGCCUCUGACGCCCCGCUCUUCCGCCCUGACCUCCCCCAGUCGAGGUGAACUCUCCUCCCUCCCAACUGAUCCUCAGGACGCUAUCGUUCGUUCUCUGGCUGACUGGGAACGUAAACAGGAACUGCUGGAGAGGCAAUCGAGGGAGAGCACAGAGAGCGUGGAUCUGAAACGGAGAGAAAAUGACCGGACUAGUGACAUCAGCACCGCUGAUGACAGCAUGAAAACAGCCAGAAGCUCAAUGAGUCAGAGCAGCAGUCAGGCGGAGAAAUUUGGUCACAGCCUACAGAAUGGCCAAAAGGUUCCUCCAGUGCUGGCCAAGUCUUCAACUCCAGUUAAGAAACAACAAGAACUCCCAGCAGACGGCAGCAAACCUCCAGGAGGACGAAGGAGUGGCCCUAUUGAUAAUAACAUGGGCCGCAGCUCAUCAAAAACCCCUGCAGCAUGCCCACCACCCUCUGACGCACUGCCUCCAGCACCCAACAGGUAUUGCAUCACAAAUGGCCCACAUGGAGGAAAGGGAGCUUGUGACUCACUUCUGCAUUGUCAUUUUCUGCUUUGCUGCUUGCAUUUCUCCACCCAGCUCAUAACAUGUACCAGCAGCAUUUACCCUCUAACCUGUCUGGUAUUUGAAUAGAACCAAAGAAUGGUGGAGUCGAGGAGAAGUAGCAGUUUAUUCAUUCAUUUUAUGUAGUUUUGUUUUUUAUGUUUCAUCGUCGUACAAUGAGCACAUUCACAUAAACUGCUCCAGAUGAUCCAUUAUCCAGCUUUAAGAAAUUAUGUUUUCUUUCAGUUAACAUGUUUUUAGAAUGCAGUUAACAGCACGCAGAGGAGACCAAAAACAUACAUGCACACCAUGAUGUCAGCAAACAGCCUCUGCUGAACAUCAGUGAAAGCACAAGACAGCACGUACAUGAAUCUCUGCCACAGAUAACUGCCUGCAGAAUCUAUAGGGAAUGAAUAAGACUUGUGGCUUUCUGGUUUCUGUUUGCAGUUUUAUUGGAAAAUCGUGUUUGAGCAGGCUUAAGUUACACACAGGUGAGCAGUCCUUGUAGAGUUCAAAAGAGGGGAUGCAUUUGCUGAAAACACAUUUGCUGUCUGAUGAUAAUGUUGUUUUUUCAAAUGUGUUUCCAUUCAAAGACAGUGACUGAUAGAAGGAACAGAGAGUCUGGAUCUCUUGGCUACACCAAAACCCCUGAAAUAUUAGCUUUUCCCCAGGAGCUAAGUCAGCAUACUAGUCAAUGAAUUUUCAAUAUUUUAAAUAUACAGACUCACAAGUUAGCAGGGGUCAAAAAGAGCACCACAAAACAUAAGAGUGGAAUCUACUUCACUACCACACUUUUUUCACCCUUUGAUUGAAAGAAAGAUAGAAUCUGGUCUUCUGAUGAGGAUAUUUAUGCUUUGAGAAUUAUUUUUUUCUUUCUGUCUUUUCUAAUU